UCAAAUGGUUUUAUCUUGCAAAACAUUUCAUAUGACAUAUAAGAUAGUUACUUUGCCUUCUUAUAACCUUUAAAUAAAAUUGAUUUUUAUCUUUGAUAGUGGUACGGUUAGGCGCUGCUUUUUAUUGGACUAUGGACCGGAGCUAGAUGGGCAUUAUUUCUUCAUCUCUUUAAUAUAGCCUACCGGCAGUAAGAGAUACUAAACAAUAUUAAUUAAAUUAAACUUUAAGAGAUUUUAAGCUGCUUUGUUUACAAAACUCAUUCAGUAAAAUGGCAACCUUUUUACAAUCCACCAUUGACAAGGGAUCUGACAUUCUCCAAGAUUUCUUAUGUUCGACAUGUGAAGACAAGAAACUGGAUAAAAUGGCUGAUUUCUACUGUGAAACUUGUGUUAAAUUUUAUUGCGGAAAAUGUAUUGGCAUGCACAGCCAGUUGUUUAUAAAACAUACCCCCUAUGGAAGGGGAGAUUUGAAGAAAUGGCCAGUGGCAAAGCAGGUGGAAGAUUUUCUAUUGAAAUGUGAUGUCCAUAAAGAUAAAAACCUUGAAUUGUUUUGUGAUAAUCACAUUGAGCUGUGCUGCACAAACUGUGCAAUUCUUAAUCACAGACACUGCCAAAAGAUAACUCUUAUAUCUGACAUUGUAAAAAGCCAGUCUACAGAUCUUCAACAACUUUCCGUUUCUAUCCAAACUAUUCUAAAAGAGUUGAAGAAACUUCAAGACAACCAAGAGGCUAGCAUUCAGUAUGUGCAAAGUUCAUAUGAUGAACAGUUACACAAGAUACAGAACACUCGCAGAGAAAUAAAUGCAGCCCUAUACACUAUUGAACAGAAGACACGAAAGGAAAUGUUAGAUACUCUAACCAAACUGCAGGCCUCUACCAAAAGUGAAGCUGAUAAAUGCAUCAGGCUUAGGGAUGAAUUGAAACAACUUCGAGACGCCACACAGGACAUAAGUGAUAAAAGCAAGCAGGAGUUAUCCUUUAUUGCCACCAGAAAAUGCGAGGAAAUAAUAAAACAAUCUAAAACUUUUUUGAAGAGCACUCUUCAGGAUAAAUUUUAUAUAUCAUUCCAGCCUAACAGUGAAAUUGUACAGUACUUGACAACACUGUCCGGUCUUGGGAAGAUUGAACGAAUGAUGGUACAAGAUAAUCCAAACAAGGUUAUCACUGUGCAGGGCAAGUCUGAACACAAUGUGAAAAUAUCAAGUGAUUCAGAGGAAUGUAAUAUCUCAGCCAUUCUUGUUCUCCCAGCCAAACAGAUCCUGGUUGCAGACCACAGUAAUCAGAAAGUCAAGCUUCUUGACCAGCAGUACCAGGUGGUGAGUCACUGUAGUGUGACUAGCUAUCCACUGACCCUGUGUGAAAUCACACCCAGUGAAGUGGCUGUUACUGUGAAUGACCCUGCUAACAUACGGGUACACGAGGUCCAGUUCAUCACAGUCAACAACAGACAGCUGGUAAUAGGAAGAAAGCUUCAGUUACAACAUGUAUGUGGUGGUAUUGCCUGCCACCAGGGAGACCUGUAUAUUACUGCUUGUACUGCACUGUACAAGUAUACACUGAAUGGGAAACUUGUCAGCAAGAUGUAUAAGGAUACAUCAGACAAGUAUACAGUAUACAGGUGUGCUGUGAGCCCCACAGGGGACAAGUUGUACAUCAUUAAUCUCUCCCAAAACAAGCUCCUCACUCUGGCCAGGGAUGGUUCAGUCCUGGCCACAUUCACUGACCAUGCACUACAAGACCCAAAUGGUCUUCAUGUGACACCUGCAGGCCAAGUGCUGGUCAGUGUAUGGGGGUCCAACACUAUCCUACAAGUAGAUAGUGAGGGCAAGAGAAAGCUGGCUACUCUUGCCACAAAGGAGGAUGGAGUGGUGGAACCAGAGACAGUCUGCUACAACAGACACACUGCUUCCAUCAUUGUGGGAUUACUGGACCAGAGCAGUAUCCUGGUGUUCAAAGUGGGAUAGUGUAAUUUAACAUGUAUCUUGAUUGAUGAUUCAGAGGAUUUAAAUUGCCAUGUGAUUGUGUUGUUGUGUGUAAGAAAAUUUUGUUAGGAUAAUAAAGAAUUUUUAGUGUU